AGCCACAGUAAUAAAAUCGCAGGCGAAGCGUCACAGUCACUCCCUUCCCUCACAGAAAAAAAGUGUCACCCCUCACCCAAACCCACACCUUAGGGUUCCUCAGUUCCUCUUCUUCUCCUUUUAACCCAACAACAAGCCCUCUGAAAAAAAAAAUUCCUCAUUCCCCAAAACACCCUUCGCGCACCGCAUGGCGAAAACGAGGCCAGGCAGAAAGGACUUGGACUCGUACACCAUAAGAGGAACCAACAAGGUCGUACGAGCGUUUGGUUCUUUGGUGCUGCAGCCGGUGAUUGCGUUCUGAUGCGGCCAUCGGACACGUCGAAGCCCCCUUACGUGGCGCGCGUGGAGAAGAUCGAGCAGGACAACAGGAACAACGUGAAGGUGCGUGUGAGGUGGUACUACAGACCCGAAGAGUCCAUUGGGGGUCGCAGACAGUUCCAUGGUGCCAAAGAGCUUUUUCUCUCCGACCACUAUGAUGUGCAGAGUGCUCACACCAUAGAAGGAAAAUGCGUAGUACACUCUUUCAAGAACUACACCAAGCUGGAGAAUGUGGGUGCUGAGGAUUACUAUUGUAGAUUUGAGUACAAGGCUGCCACUGGGGCUUUCACUCCUGACCGUGUUGCUGUGUAUUGCAAGUGUGAGAUGCCAUAUAACCCGGAUGACCUCAUGGUACAAUGUGAAGGGUGCAAGGAUUGGAAUUAUCAGUUAUGUGAUCUCACCACCUGCAGAAUGAGUGGCCUAAAGGGUGUUAGAAAGUUGUAUCAUCCUGCUUGUGUGGGCAUGACCAUCGAAGAAGCAAAGAAAUUAGAUCAUUUUGUGUGUUCAGAAUGUUCAUCUGAUGAUGAUAUGAAGAAACCGCAAGCUACAUUUUCUGCAUCACCAGGAGCCGAUGGCAAGGUGGAGCCCAAGCGGCGAAAGAGAUGACCAUAAUGCAGUAGAAACCUUGUUUGGAGGCGUGAGUGACUCUUGCUGAAUUUGGGUGGCACUCUAUGGUAGCUUUUGUGUGUUGUACAGCUUCAUCUAGAGGCUAUGAACAUUUCAUUAUGUAUCUGACUUAGCUUAUAUUAUGUAUCUAUUGGUCGUAGAUUUUAUAACUGUGACAUUCCCUCAAGUGAAUUCCGAUCCAAGUGUUUAUUAUUCUUCA